AUGCAGGAAUCAGCUGGAGUCCUGAAGGAGGGCUUCCUCGUCAAACGGGGACAUAUCGUUCGUAACUGGAAAGUAAGAUGGUUCGUUCUGCUUCAGGAUAAGCUGCUGUAUUACAAAAUUGAAGGAGGCAAGAAGGAGCCUUCUCCAAAGGGCAGGAUCCUUUUGGAUGGCUGCACUAUUACUUGUCCAUGCCUGGAAUAUGAGAACAGACCGCUACUCAUCAAACUAAAGACAAAAACCAAUACAGACUAUUUCCUUGAAUGUUGCUCCAGGGAAGAGCGAGACUCUUGGGCUUUGGACAUCACUGGAGCUAUUCAUGCUGGUCACCCAGUACAAGUACAAGAGCUUCACAGGAUGAAGAACUCUUUCAAACUGCUAGAGAAUAUCAGCCUCCACCACAUAGUGGAGAGGAUGUGUGACAGCAGUACUGGAAUUAAGCUGACCCGCAACUUGGAGCAAGGCAACAGAUACAAAGAGACCUUCACAGGUUCUGCCCUGGUGGACUGGCUCAUCUCCAAUAGCUUUGCUGUGUCACGAUUCGAGGCCGUCACCUUGGCAUCCAUGCUGAUGGAGGAGAACUUCAUCAAGCCCGUGGGGGCCCGCAGCACUGAGGCCACACGCUACAGCGACCUGUCUGAGCAGUUCCUCGACGACUCCACCGCACUGUACAUGUUUGCUGAGAGCAGUAAGAAAAAGAGCAGUUCCAAGGAAGAGCUACAAUUUAACAUCUCUGAAUUAAGAGGCACAAUUGUGAAGCAAGGAUUCUUAGUGAAACAGGGCCACAAGAGGAAAAACUGGAAGGUGAGGAGGUUUGUUUUGAGAGCUGAUCCUGCUUUUUUGCACUACUAUGACCCCACUAAGGAAGAAAACAGGCCAGUAGGUGGAUUUUCUCUUCGUGGCUGUCUUGUCUCAGCUCUGGAGGACAAUGGUGUCCCAGCAGGAGUGAAGGGCAAUGUGCAAGGCAACCUCUUCAAAAUCAUCACCAAAGAUGACAUUCAUUAUUAUAUUCAGGCCAGCUCCAAGGCAGAGCGAGCACAGUGGAUUGAGGCAAUCAAACCACUGACAUGAGUAAGGUGGACUCCAAGCCAAAUGACAAGUCACAUUUGUGAGAAAGUUUCCUGCUCUCAUUGUCUGGGAGUGUUGUUUUUCCCUUAGAUAGUCUCUUUUUGUUAUUUGUAUUGCCAUAGCACCUAGCAAUUCCUAGCAGACCAGCAUCCUAGGUGCCCAGGAGUCAUGUAGAUCCAGAAUAAUUCCCCACCAACAACGACCUAACCAAGAGAAAAAAGACAACAGGUGGAUACAGACAAAUGGGGCUUUACAAAGAAACAAUGAGAUAUAAUAUUCCAAGAUGGAAAAAAAGAAUUCUUUCGUACAAGUAUUCAGUCUAUAUCUGACAGAUCCAGGUUGUGCUUUAUCCUAAAGCAGAAAUAUCUUGCUCCUUUCCCCUUUAUAAAGGGGCUCAUAAACUUAAUUAGUUAAGACUGGCUGAAUCAAAGUCAUGAAAGGUCCUGGUGUCUGAGGCUGCGUUUCUUGGUAUACCACAAGAGUCUUGUGCUAAGCCACAACCCAGCUGCCAGGAAAAUCACUAUUGCAAGACAAACCAGGGGUCUGUCUGUCCGUCUGCUCUACCAUUUGAUUCUCUGUUAGGCUGGAAAAGACCAAAGGAUCGUCCUCUCCAGUAUACAGAUUAUUCUUGUGCUGGUAAUGGCCCAUAGCAGUACAGGAUCCUGAGUAUCAAAUCAGACCAGCAGCAGUUAUUCCAGACAAUUGCUGGUGCUGAAUAUACUGGAAGAAAUCACUCAGCCAUAAAAGC